CGAAUUAUCCCAUUAGAGUAAGAUCCCGCCUUCUAAUUUCAUGUCUUCUGCCAGCGUUUCUGUUUAGAAAAUGCUACUGGAAGGUUUGCAAUAUCUUCGCUGGCUACUUAUCAUGCAAGGUAUAAUUAACUGUUCUAGGCACAAUAUCACGUUACCACCUCAUGCUUAACCGUCGUCGCCAACUCUCGAACAGAAUUUUCUGAUCUUUCUACAGAUAGCGCAAAAAAAUAGAUCAUGCCAGCCAAUGCCCCCAUUUCUAUUACAUUUACCUGCCUCACAGCAUCCAAUUACCCGAGUCUUGGCUGAUGGCACAGUCACACCGUCGGCGUUAUCUCAUCCUCUUUGCGCAGUCCAUGUUGCCAUGCGUGACAAUCAAACAUCCCCUUUCAUCCCGCACAUCGGGACUGCGAAUCAUUCUACACGCAAUCCCUCUACGGUCAUAUUGAUCGAGUCGGUGUCGGUGCAAGGACGUAAUGCAGCCACCAUCCUUGGCAAAAAUGGUCUAGCGCAGGAACACACAAAAACACUACAAAUUUCUUACAUGAACUUGCACAGGAAUAAGGAAUGCACACGUCUUCCGGUUUCUUGCCGACCAUCGCGUGAGGCGCGUCACCUGGCCCACGUCCCGCAAACACGACCUUCACUUCAACUUAAUGGAUCAGAAUCUCUCAUUUCACUUUACCGAUGGCGGUUUCAUCGUGUUAUAAUCGGCGACCAUCAUGGCGCUCUUGAGCCUGCUAUGCAAAAAUCAUCUCUCUCUUUUGGCCCGGAUAUGACUCACCACUCUUACGGACGGAGCCCGUGGAUCUCAAACGUGCUGGGCGCCCAAGGAAACACAUCCUCAUACCGUAUCUUUGCGAUCAAGAAGGACCUUUCAAAUCACCCUGCUGUGCUGACAGCUGACAGAUACAUUCCUUGGCCCAUAAAAAAAGGUUGGCGAUCCGAUCCGCUUCAAACCCAAUCUCGGCAAAUGUUUUGUUCUACGGAUGAUAUGACUACUACUCCUGCUAAUACUAAUACUAAUACUAAUAGUAGCGGUGAAGGGAACGGUAUUUGGCGUGUGCUUUACAAGACAUCCGCGAGGGCUGGGCUCCCUAUUCAUCAACUUCUCUAGGAGGCUAUUUUACAAGCUCGACGUCAGUACACCGUUCCACGGGACUGGCUCGGAGCUAUCUAACGGCGAUGCUGCGCUGGAGGGUUAAGCCAAAUUUUGAAUUCCAAGUCAUUCGAUCGACCAUAUGACUCCUUGCGCCAACAAGACAAUGGAAAACAUCCGGUGACAAAAUUGGAGUCUUGUCGCUCACUGCUUCGCUUGUUCCAAGAAGAAGCAUGGAUUCUGGAAACAAAAAAAAACGCGUUCAGCUCAGCUGACUCCUCGACGCCCCUUUGUUGAUUUCAAAGUUUUGCCCGUUGACAACCAAGUCUGCCACUUCACAAUAUUCACGCUACGAUUCUGGAUCACCCGCUGAGAAUGAGGGUGUGACAGGUCCUGCGCCCCGUUUCGUGUCAAAGGGCUUUUGUCGAAGCUCUUUCAGAUGGC